ACAAAACUCUUUAAACUUCUUCUCUCUUUCAAACUGAUUCUUUGCCCUUUAUUCUUCUUCUUCUUCCUCCCAUUUCUUCACUCCAUGAUUUAAUUUCCUUCCUUCUUUCCUCAAGGUAAUGCUAGAAUUUUCAAAGCCAAGCAGCUGAAUGGCAACAAGUAGAGCAAGUUUUGGGAAGGAAAGGAGGAUCACUGCUCCAACUUCUCUCACCAUUCCUAAUUAUUCAACCAAAAGAACUCCAAAAUCAUCUCCCAGAAGCCAACAAACUGAUCACAAACUAGCUUAUUCUUCUUCUUUUUCUUCUUCUUCUUCUUCUUCCUCAACUUCUUCCAAACUAACCUCCUCUUCUUCUUCUCCUUCGCUCUCGAUGCUCUCCGAGAAGCACGUUCCAAACUAUCUCAAGUCCACAGCCAGCUCCCGCCACGACCAUGGCAGCUUCAAGACGGUCAAGAAGUUUGUCGCCCCUGCACCGAUACCAGAGGGCAAGGCGAGCCUGAAUAGAAGAAGAUCUUUCGACAAACCACCCCCGACCGCACCGCGUCUGGAUAAGCCGUUUCGGUCACCUGGACCGAGGAGUAGGGCCACUCAUGUUCCCGUCCGGUCUUCCUCCUUCGGGUCCAAACCCGCCCCCACCUUUCCCAGCUCUGCAAAGCCUGGCCACUUGGAGAGAUCAUCAUCUUCCAAAACCUCACCCAAGGUCGAGCCUAGCUAUUUGGAGAGAUCAUCAUCUGCCAAAACCUCAUCCAAGGUUGAGCCAAGCCAUUUGGAGAGRUCAUCAUCUUCCAAAUCCUCAUCCAAGGUUGAGCCUAGCCAUUUGGAGAGAUCAUCAUCUGCCAAAACCUCAUCCAAGGUUGAGCCAAGCCAUUUGGAGAGRUCAUCAUCUUCCAAAUCCUCAUCCAAGGUUGAGCCUAGCCAUUUGGAGAGAUCAUCAUCUUCCAAAUCCUCAUCCAAGGUGGGUGGGAAACCGCAGCAGCCAGUUCAGAAUUUGAGAAGUGGUAGUAAUGCAAUUGCAAAGAAAAGCUUGAGGAGAGAAUCUAGCAAUGCUGGCUCUGCCUUGGCAGAAAUAGUUCCCAAGGCUAAGAAUAUUGCCGUUGAACAAGCAGUUCAUAGUCCUUCUUUCGUUCUCGGUGUCAACGAGGAGGAAUUGAAGAAGAUCGAGUGCGAACUCGAUCCUUAUCUUCCUGAUCCAAUGCCUGAAUUAGAUAAAGAAAUCAGAACUGAUCAUGUGGAAAAAAAGGUGGAUGUUUUGGAUAAAGAAGAAGCUGAUGCAAAACAUGAGGCUGAGAAGCAGCCUAUACAAGACACAGAGAUCUCCAAAGCUGACACUGAAACUCCAUCGCCCAUAGAGGUGGAAGCGAAAUUGUUAAUCCAGGAAGAAUCGAAUCGAGAACGAACGGAAGGUGUAGGAGAGGAAGAAGUCAAAGAUGAGGAGAAACCAGAGAUAAUAACACAAGAAAAAGAGGUAGAUAAGGAUGAAGAGAAAAGCGAGAUCAGUCCUACUCAGGAAGGAAUCGUCGUUUUAGAUCAGAAAGAAGUAGAAGAUGGGGAGAAUUGCAAGGAAGAGGCUGAAGUGACCGAGAAGGUGGCAGCAGCGGAGAAAGAGGGCGAAGCAGUGGCCGAGAAGCUGGCAGUGAUGGGAGCGAAACAACGACAAGGAAGCGGGAGGAAGGAGUCUCCGGCAAUGUACAAUGAUGUAAUAGAGGAGACAGCAAGUAAGCUAUUGGAGAAGAGGCAGAACAAGGUAAAAGCAUUGGCUGGGGCAUUUCAGACAGUCAUUGACUAUGAAUCUUCAUCCAAAUGAUUCAUAAAAUGCCUCCCAUUUUC